UCACCAUGACCCAUCUGUUCUCGGUGUCCUCAUGAAUAUUCGGUGUCUGGGGUGAUGACGCCGGGCCCCUCCCCGGUAGGGAGAGUUUUGUAACGGGGUCACGUUGCGCUGCGGCACUGAACAAACAGACCUCCUCCUCCUCCGCAGCAGCAGCAGCAGCAGCAGCAGUCGACCGUCUACUCUCCUCUACACGGAAGACAACACCUGCCCAUAACGUAUUUAACUAGAUAACUACAACGUUAUCAGGAUGCCUCACCAGUAUCCAGCUCUGACCACAGAACAGAAGAAAGAGCUGCAGGAGAUAGCAGAGAGGAUCACAGCUCCGGGGAAAGGAAUCCUGGCUGCAGAUGAGUCCACCGGCAGCAUGGGUAAGCGUCUCAACCCCAUCGGCGUAGAGAACACAGAGGAGAACCGUCGUCUGUAUCGCCAGCUGCUGUUCACAGCCGAUGAGAGAAUGGAGGCUUGUAUUGGUGGAGUGAUCUUCUUCCACGAGACUCUCUACCAGAACACUGACGAUGGGACCAACUUCUCUCAGCUCAUCAAGGACAGGGGGAUUGUAGUGGGCAUCAAGGUGGAUAAAGGUGUUGUCCCACUGGCCGGAACAGAUGGAGAGACCACAACCCAGGGUCUGGACGGCCUGGCAGAGCGUUGUGCUCAGUAUAAGAAGGAUGGAGCAGACUUCGCUAAGUGGCGUAGCGUCCUGAAGAUCAGCGACAACACCCCCUCAGAACUCGCCAUCAUGGAGAACGCCAACGUACUGGCACGCUACGCCAGCAUCUGUCAACAGAACGGCAUCGUUCCCAUCGUGGAGCCUGAGAUCCUUCCUGACGGAGACCACGACCUGAAACGUUGUCAGUACAUCACUGAGAAGGUUCUGUCUGCAGUGUACAAGGCCCUAUCAGACCACCAUGUCUAUCUGGAGGGGUCCCUGCUGAAGCCCAACAUGGUGACUCCUGGACACUCCUGCCCCCAAAAAUACACGAAUGAGGAGAUCGCCAUGGCUACGGUCACUGCCCUCCGCCGUACCGUACCCCCUGCCGUCACAGGUGUGACGUUCCUGUCAGGGGGCCAGUCAGAGGAGGAGGCCAGUAUUAACCUGAAUGCGAUCAACACCUGUCCUCUGGGUAAACCCUGGGCCUUGACCUUCUCCUACGGUCGUGCCCUGCAGGCCUCAGCCCUGAACGCCUGGGGAGGAGAGAGAGACAACGAGAAGGCUGCUGCCGAGGAGUUCCUUAAACGGGCUGAGGUGAACGGUCUGGCUGCCCAGGGGAAGUAUGUGUCAACAGGAGACGGCGGAGCGGCGGGACAGUCUCUCUACGUGGCCAAUCACGCGUACUGAACACCCUCGAGGCCACGCCAACAUCACAACCCACCGCUGCAGCCCCUCCCCUCGCCCACCAAUCACAGACCCGCGUUGUCUACCGUAUUUUAGAAACACCGUCGUUGUCAUGGCAACAUAACGAUGUGGUUAAUAUGAGUAUUAAUUAGUAUGGGGAGUUAAUUGAUGAAGAGGAUGGUGAUUAUGUAAGGAUGCUGAAGGUGCGAGUGGGCGGUAUCAUGAAGAAGCUUUAUUAAGUCAAUGUCCCAAAUGGAAUCCUAUUCCCUAUACAGACCUGGUCUAUAGUAGUGCACUAUAUAGGGAAUAGGGUGUACAGACCUGGUCUAAAGUAGUGCACUAUGUAGGGAAUAGGGUGUACAGACCUGGUCUAUAGUAGUGCACUAUGUAGGGAAUAGGGUGCCAUAGGGCUCUGGUCUAAAGUAGUGCACUAUGUUGGGAAUAGGGUGCCAUAGGGCUCUGGUCUAUAGUAGUGACCAACCAGAGAGAAGAUAACAUCAGAUAGGGACCAAUCAGAUACUAGAUUACAUCAGACCGACACCGGGGUGUGAAGUGUUGCGUUCCAGUUAGGAAUGAGUUAAGAAGAGAGGGAUGAGAGAGGAGGGAGAAAGAGGAGAGAGAUAGUGAGAGGAGGGAGUAAGAAGAGAGGGAUGAGAGAGGAGGGA